AUGUCCAAUAUAUUGCGCGCGAUGUCCGAUGGUACACCAUACAAUAUCAUAGUUAAGAAUCCAGUUCAAUCUGAAGAGCCUUCUGACGAACCUGGAGAAAUUUCUGAGGAGCCGCCGGUCGCCGAGCAUUACCCGAGCACCGUUCGAUUCGAAGAGGAACUUAAAACAAACAUGAGCAUGAUGUAG